GCAGGUUCGGGGGUUGUGGAGGCGCGCGGUUUGCCUCCCGUGGAGAAGCCGAGGCCCCGGGUCCCCUCGGUCCCCUUGACCCCCCACGGACACCCCCACACACACACACCGGGUCGCCUGGGGUCCUCGGGCCCAACUAGGGGCCUCGCAGACUCUGCUGCACGCAGGGCUGCCUGCUGGCACGCGUCUCCCCGCGAGUUCCCACCUGCCCACUCCGAAGGAACGUGUUUCAGAGCGAGGGCAUCCGCCAAGAUGUUGGAGACAUACGUGACCCCCAUCCUGAUGUCCUAUGUUAAUCGCUACAUCAAGAACCUGAAGCCCUCGGACCUGCAGCUGUCUCUGUGGGGCGGCGAUGUGGUACUCAACAAGCUGGAGCUCAGGCUGGAGGUGCUGGAGCAGGAGCUGAAGCUGCCCUUCACCUUCCUGAGCGGCCACAUCCAUGAGCUUCGCAUCCACGUUCCGUGGACUAAGCUCGGCUCGGAGCCCGUGGUCAUCGCAAUCAACACCAUCGAGUGCAUCCUCAAGCUGAAGGACAGCGCUCAGGACGCAGAGGAGAGCAGCAGCUCGCACUCGAGCCGAGCCACGCUGAGCACCGAGGGAUCGCGCUCUGCCAGCCGAGCCAGGAGGCAGCAGCAGCAGCAACAGGUGACAGCUGCAGAUGCCGAUCUUCCGCCAGGGUACGUCCAGAGCCUCAUCCGCCGCGUGGUGAACAACGUGAACAUCCUGGUGAGCAACCUCAUCCUCAAGUACGUGGAGGACGACAUCGUGCUGUCGGUGAACGUGAAGUCGGCUGAGUGCUACUCCGUGGACGAGUUCUGGGAGCGAGCGUUCGUGGACAUCGCUGCCCCCGAGUUGGUUCUUCGUAAAGUGAUCAAUUUCUCGGACUGCACGGUGUGCCUGGACAAGCGCAGCGCCAGCGGAAAGAUCGAGCUCUACCAGGACCCACUGAUCUACAAGUGCUCCUUCCGCACCCGCCUGCACUUCACCUACGAGAGCCUCAGCGGCAAGAUGCCCUCCGUCAUCAAGAUUCACACGCUGUGCGAGAGCCUCACUCUCUCCGUCACCGACCAGCAGCUUCCCAUGUUCAUCCGCCUCAUCCAGCUGGGGAUCGCUCUCUACUACGGCGAGAUCGGGCAGCCGGACAUCGCCCAGGCGGGAGACGAGGCCCCCCCGCACACUCCUGAAGUGCCCAUGACAGAGGACGGCAUGGACCCGGAGGACAGCAGCCUGUACUACUCCUCCCAGCGGCCGGACGACAACGAGGGCUGGGUCUCCUGGGCCUGGUCGUUUGUGCCGGCCAUCGUGGCGUACGAAGAUGAGCAGCGCGAGGCUGCGGAGGGCGACGAGGGCGACGAGGAGGAAGGGGAGGAGCUGGACGUGGGCGGAGACCCCGAGGAGGGCCGCAAAGCAAACCGACGGGGUCAUCGCCCGCCCAGAGAUCCCAUCCUCUCGGUCGGGUUCUACAUGACCCGUCUUACUGUCACAUUCAAGGUGACCGAGAGCCACCCGGAGAGUGCUUUUUACGGCUCCAACAAAGUGAUAUUCAAGCCCAUUUUAGUCUGGGAGCAGGAGGGAACGGCUGUUGAUGCUCUCAUGCAGGGCGAGCCCUUCUUCAACUGCCAGUUCGGCUUCGUCAAGUGCCGAGCCUCGUCCCAGCACAGCAUUCUGGGAGUCCGAGACUUUGAGGACUGCAGAGAAGAUGGUGGAGAUGGCUGUUUCUUGUGCUGUGGCGAGAGCCUCAGCAGCAAGGGCCCCACGUACAUGAGCGGCUCUCUCUUCGACUACCGAAGCCCGGAGAACAAUGGCGUCCGCGCCGAGUUCACCUUCGACCCCGACGCACACCGGGAGACGUGCACGGAGACGGCGGGACUCCAGCGGUUUGGCGCCGCGUACCUUGACUACUUGUACACCAUGGCCGUGGAGGAGAACAAAGUUGCUGGCGGCCCCUUGGAGGGAGCUCCCGGGAGGGCCGGCGACGGGCCCCGUCCCAGGGAAUCGUCGCUCAAGCGCUUCGUGCUGGGCGCCACGGAGCUGCGCCUCGACGCCAGCUCGGUGCAUCGCAUCGCCAAGAUGGUGGCCUGCGCGCUCGACCACGAGUACGAAGCCUACAGCAGCCCCGGGCCAGAGCUGGUGGAGGAGGCCCGGGUGCCACCCAGCCCUGAGGAGGUGGCCUCCCUGGAGGAGUUCAUCCCGGUCCGCACCACCUGCCUCACCGUCCUGAGCGUCAGCCUCACCGUGCCCAUCGCAGAGUUCAACCUCCUCGACAGAAUCUUCCCGCAGUACUUCUCGGGCCAGGUGGGCGCGGGUGCCCCCGGGGCCAGGCCUCCGGCGUCGCGCGCCCUGCCGGCAUUCGCGUUGCACGUGGACCGCGUCAACCUGGAGCACUGCACCCCCAUGUACCCGCGCCGGCUCGCCAGGACGCUCAGCAGCCUGUCGCAGCCCUCGCGAAGCCUCCUGCACCACUGCUACGUGCACUGCUACCUCAAGGUGUUCGGACUGAGAGCCGAUCUCGUUUGCCUGAACGCGUCCUUGGCUCACCCGCCCGUGCCCAUCAUCCCAGCCUUCAGUCCAGCGCUGUACAUCAAGCUGCUGCAGCUGCCCAUGUACUGGACCAAGAGGGCCAUGCUGCCCGUGACAGAGGGCAUCUUUGAGCUGCCCAGCCUGUCGCUGAGGGCCACGCGAGCCCAGACGCGUCUCCUCGAGGCCAUCGCACACAGCUGGAGCCCGGGAGGGGCAGCCCGAGGAGCGGCGGAAGAGACGCUCCUUCACGAUGUGUUCGCUCACGCACGUGUUGGCGGCGGCGUCGUGGACCAGCCCCUGCUCGAGUGCACGCUGCAGAGUCUCGAGAUCAAGAGCUGCACGACGCCCACUCUCUGGGCCGUGUCCGGCAGCCUGGGCUCUCUGCAAGCCUGGGCUCGUCUGCAAGCAGAGGAAGGUGCCAAAGAUGCAGCGGCAAUCCCGUUGUUCCAAGGCCCCACGGACACGCGUCGCUUGCACCGGUCGGACUGGCUGUCCGACCCGCACAGCCUGAGCUCCGCAGCGGUGCCAUCGUCAGAGUUCCUGACGUUCACACUGCAGAUUCCUCACCAGCUCGACAAUUACUCCAACACAGGCGCCGUGCUGCUGCUGAACGUGGAGGGAGCGGCGCUGAACGUCGACCCCGUACUCUACGCCUGGCUGCUGUACCAGCCGCGUCCGGGCGUGGGCCGAGCCCGGCAACAGUCUGCGCCAAAGGCCGCUGCCACUGCCGCGUCGGCCGCCCGGAAGAAAGGGGACGAGGCCUCCCUCGGCAGCGCGCCGGCCGUGACGCAGCCCUCGCACCAGGGCUCGGAGAGGGCCAGCAGCCCCCUCAAAACAAAGACGGCCACAGAGUCGCGUGUGCUGCCUGGCCCGGCGAAGCCGCCCGCUCGUGAGGCCGUGUGCGCAGGGGAGGCAGCGCACGACGGGGUUACGGGCUUGAUCGGCAAGCUCUGGGAAGGGGUCAAGAGGCUCACCCUGCAGGUGGACCUGGAGGCAUGGUGUGUCACGGUGCCGAGCGACCACCUGUCCGUGUCAGCGGCGCCGGGGCCCAACGCCAUCCCCGGCGCGGUGCGGGAGUGGUUCCUGGGGCCCCGCACGAUGCCCGGCACCCUGGUGGUGUGCCUGCCGCGUGGACGCGCCAUCAGCGCCGGCCACAAGCACACGGCGGUGCUGCAAGAGAUCCCCUUCGACGCCUUGCGCCCAAUUCACCAGGAAGGCAACGCCUUCCCGUGGACGGUGAGCCUGAGUGACGUGAGCGCCUACACGCUGCUCGCCGGGCCCCACGCCGCUCUGUCGCUGCUGGAGCCGGCGGGCUGCACGUCCACGCUGGCCGUCACCUCCGACAAGCAGCCGGGCGAUGCGCAGGGCCAGGCCUACGUGGUGUGCCUCCACGUGGAUCUGCUGCCCGUGGAAGUCCGAGCCUGCAGCGCGCAGCUGCGGCUCCUGUGGGAGCUGAGCGACCUCAUGGGGAGGACGGCACGCCGGCUGCAGCGGAGGGAGGCGGUGCUGCUUCGGCGCAGCUCCUUGUCGCCCGACGUGGCCGCCACGCAGCUGGCGCCGGGCUCGCCCAUCCGCAGCAGCGUCAGCAACGCGCAGGGCGAUGCCAGCUCCUGCAGCCCCUCGGCGGACGUCUGCACGACCACCGAGGGCGACACCACUCAGACGGGCGAGGACGCGGCGUUUGGCGGCACAGACACGCUGGAGCAGAAGACCAGCCACAUGGGCGGCAGUGGGAGCCGCGCCAGCGUGUGGCUGCAGUGCAUGCUCCCCAAGCUCACCGUGCGGCUCUUUGCCAAUGAGCGCGACGGCAUGGACGGCGCGGCCGCCGCCGAGCUCUGUGUGGUUGGCGAGCUUGAGGAGCUCAGCGCCUCCGUGGACAUUCAGGACAUCUACACCAAGGUGAAGUGCAAGAUCGGAAACUUCAACGUAGACCACUUUCGCCAAAGCCUGCCCGGAGGGCCCAUUUGCCUGGGUGGGCGGGGAGGGGUGAUCUUGUCAUGCACUGACAAGAUGAACAGACGCACUUUCCUGGUGAGGCCGCUCUCCAGGCAAGACCCCUUCAGCCACCUCUCUGCCUUCUUUCCUUCCACGGCGGGCAAGCUGCUGGAGACCUCGCAGCAGCAGCAGCAGCAGCAGCACGGCUUCCUGUCGCUCACGUACACGCGGGCGCUCACGCGCAACGUGCGCCAGCGCAUCUCGUCGCGCCAGGAGCGCGUGUCGCGCAGCCUUCACCGCGGCGACGCUCCGGACACUGGGCCCUCGCACCUGCACGAGGUGCUCGUCAGCCUGCCCUUCGACCUGGUGCUGCACUACCCGCUGCUGCGCACCGUCGCGUCGCUGCUGGACGCGGGCGGCGGCGAAGCCGCCCGGCGAUCUCCGGCCGCCGGCAAGCGAGCGGCGCCGGCGGGCUCCACCGUCGGGCAACCCGUGAAGCAGCACGCGCUGUCGUCCCGCGGGCUCCCCCUGCUCUACCUGAACACGAGCGUCAUUCGCGUGUUCGUGCCGCAGAGCGAGGGCAAGCAGCAGCAGCAGCCGGCCACAAGCACCUCUGCUCCCAAGGAAGACACGCUUGUGUUGAAAAUAGGAUCCAUCAGCCUGGCGCCUGUGGCAGAUAACCCGCUCACCAGGAUCGUUAUUCGCAAAGAUAUUUUCCAACGAGCGCUGAACCUGGGCAUCCUGCGUGAGCCCGGCUCGGAGGUGGAGGACCGGCAGUACCAGGUGGAGCUGCAGGCCAUCAACGUGAGCACGGGCUGCUGGGCCCAGCUGCGGCCCGACCGGGGCGGAGAGAGGAGCGGCCACGGCACGCCCGACGACGAGAGGGGCUCCCAGAACCCAGCCCUGGAGUGGAACACGGCCAGCGGCCUGCGGAGGCAGCCAGAGCGGAGGGCCAUCCUCACGCCGCUCCUCACCGACUUCGGCAUCAGGGUGACGGCCGCCCCCGCCGUCGUGUUCGUCAAGAAUAUGGGCGGAGAGCUCGGCCACACGGAGGAGGUGCUGGUGUGUGGACACUCGCUGGAGGUCAACGUCACCUCCAGCCUCGACUUCUUCCUCAGCCUCGCUCAGCUUCAACUGAUGCAGCACUUGGCCGAGGAGAACUUGACUUCCUUUCCUGCCUCGCAAGAAGACGUGCAGGUGGUCACACCCGAGCACCUGCAGCCGAUCGGCACGAAACCGCCUGACGGCGCGGCGGCAACGUCCGUGGACGCGGCAUCACGGCACAGCCGGGCGCAGGACAGCGGCAUCGGCAGCGACAGUGCCGCGGCACGGCUCGUCCACACGGAGCACCCUGCGUCGCUCGUACAUCACCGGCAGCAGCAGCAGCAGCAGCAGCGCCUCCCCUGCGCGUCGCGCCAGUCGUCCACCGUCAAGAGCCGCAGCUUCGUCCCCUUCGACGUGUUCCUCACCGCCAGCAAGAUCUCCGCGAUGACCUACUCGGCGACGCCCGUCAAGGGCAGGUGCCCCGAGCCGCCGCCGGGCUCCCAGCCGAGGCCCCCCGCGCCUUGCGAGAGCGCGUCGAGCAGCAGCGCGGCCAGCUCCGCGGCGGACGGCCAGCCGCCCCCCGAGGCCCAGGGCGGCGCGCGGCCGGCGCCGGAGGAGCCCGGCCCCGCGUCGACCGCCCCCCCGCCGUCGCAGAGCGGCUCGCAGGCCAGCCUCUACCCGGCGCGGCCGGGCUCCAGCUGCGCGGCCGCCGCCACCGCCGCGGACGACCUCCCGCCGACGGCUCCGCCGGCGCCGCCGCCGCCGUCUCCGCCGGCGCGCUUCGGGGGCCACACGGCGGCGCCGUGCACGGCCGCGGGGAGGUUCCUGCCGCCGGAAAGCCUGCGGGUGCCCGGCAGGUCGUCGGCGAGGCAGGCCCUGGGGCUCACGGUGGUGCGACAACCCGGGCGCAAGUCCGGAGACGGGUCGCAGCAGCUGGAGCCGUUCCUGUACGCGCUGGUGCACCAGCCGUCCGUGCUGCUCAGCUGCCAUCGGCGCACGCAGAAGCUGGACUUUUCGUGCUUCGACGCCUCCAUCAAGGGGGCGGCGAUCAACUACAAGUCGGGAGAUCCUGGCAAGUCGCUGCCGGAGCCUCUGGACUACUCGGUGUCGUGGCUGCAGACCACGUGCGGAGAGACGGACGCACGCACGGGCGUACCCCCGGGCCUCCUCUCCCUGCAAAUACGAGACUUCCUCAACGAGCCGGCCAGCAUUCACGUGGAGCUGGGCCGCCCGUGCAAGAUCAGCCCCAGCCUCGGCAAGCUGGACCAGGUGGCCCGCUUCGUGGCCAAACUCUCGGCGUCGGAGCGGCCGGAAGGCGGCCGGAGCGCCGGGUCGACCGGCGAACUGGCGUCGGGAGGCCGGGAGCAGUGCGAGGACGCGGCGGCUGCGGCGGGAGCAGGAGGAGGAGGAGGAGGGGACCAGCAGCGACGGCAGCUGCUGCUGGAGGCGCUGGCGCUCGUGGGCAGCGUGUCGGUGUCCACGUGCCAGGCGGUGGUGGCGGUCGAGUGCGUGCCGCACCCCGAGAGGCCGGCGCUCGGCGCGUCCGUCGCGGCGUUGUCGGCGAGGGUCGACGUGAGGAGCAGCGCCGCCGGCUCGCUGCAGUCGCUGUCCGCCGAGGUGCGGCUCACGGACGCGCUGCUCAAGACCAGCCUGCGCGACUGCUCCCGCUCGCUGCUCGGCCCGUUCUGCGGCAGCGUCCGCGCCGACGCCAAGUGGUGCAGUCACAGCGGCGCCUCGGAGGUGCUCCCCAAGCUGCUGGUCUACGUUGACCUGGGCCUCGUGCAGGUUUUCUGGGGCCAGGAACACGUGCGCUGCCUCACGCUGCUGCAGCAGCUGCUGGCGUCGCACCGGGGGCUGCCGAGAGAGCCGGCGCAGCAUCGCGCCGUCGCCGCGGCCGACCAUGCCAAGGAGCGCCGUGCCAGGCCCUGCACCGCCGAGCACAGCGCCGACGACUUGCGCACCGGCCUCUUCCAUUACAUCCCCGACGCAGAGAGUCAGAAGCUGCUGCCGAACGUGCAGGAGGUCGUCUUCUACAACGAGACGGAGGAGAGCGCCGGCACGAUGCUGUGGCGCUACCCGGAGCCGCGCGUGCUGACGCGCGUGCGCAUCGCUCCGGUGCCGUUCAACACCACCGAGGACCCCGACAUCAGCACUGCUGACCUCGGCGACGUUUUACAGGUGCCGUGCUCGCUGGAGUACUACGACGAGCUGAAGAUGGUGUUUGUCCGCUACCGGGACUUCAGCCUGUCGGAGAGCCGCGCCUGCGAGCUGCAGCUGCCCAGCCCCGCACUGGCCGAGGAGCAGGCCGAGGUGGUGGCGGCCGACAUGUGGAGGGUGGUGCUGCACAACGGGCAGGACACUCCCGAAGAGCAGAGUGUCGAUGGUGAGAGUGGCUCUCAGGGCGUGUGCGACCCGCUCGUGUCACCCAUGGCCCUGGCCGCCUGCAUGCGCGUCGACUCGAGUUUCUCGCCGGCGUGGGUUCCGGCUCUCGGAGCGUCCUUGCGGCUCAGCUGCCUGCAGCUGCACCUUCUGCACCACGCCAGCCAGUUCAGCGCAGGCUGCCCGCGCCGCCUGCGCCCGUUCGUGCCGGACCGCAGGACGCCGGGCGAGCACGAGUUCCUGGUCGUGUCGCUGGACGAGCCGCGUGUCUCCGCGCUGCACUGGGAGGGCGCGCCCUCGCGCACGCACGCGCGCGUCAGCACGGCCGCGGAGGCCCGCGUGCUCGAACACCGCAGCCUGACGCUGCGCCCCGCCGUCGAGCCGUUCCGCGCCCGGGCGCGCCUCCGCGUGACGCGCGGCGGCGCCGGCGGGGCGGACGAUGACGACGCCGGAGUCGCCGUGCGCGCCCGCGUGCGAGUGGAGCCCGUGUUCGUGCGCGUCGGCCAGUACACCGUGCACACGCUCGCGACUGCCGUGCAGGCGUGGACAGAGGCUGGCAGCCCCAAUGCUGAAGACCACCUGUUCAGCCACUUCAUCAUCUGCAAUGAGACCCAGGAGACCCUGAGGCUGGGGCAGGUGGACACAGACGAGAGCAUUCUUCUGUCCAGUCGGCAGAUGCACCAGUACUCAUGGAGGUCGCACAAAAUCGCACAGAUGCUGCACGUCUGCAUCGAGGGCUGGGGGAACUGGCGGUGGUCGGAGCCCUUCAGCAUCGACUGCCCGGGCGUCUUCCUGCGCAGCAUCCAGUACAAGGGGCGCGUCGCCUCGCUCGUCGUCACCGUGAUCAUGCUCAGCGGCGUACAGAAGCAGAUUACGAUCACGGGCAGGCACGUGGUGCGCAGCUUUCUCGACUCGGACCUCGAGCUGCACUUGACGCAGAGCUUCAUGGGCCCCGACGGGCAACCGGUGACGGCCGAGCACACCCAGGCCCUGCCGGCCAAUCAGAUGCUUCCCUCUUACGUGAUGGAGAGCGCCGAGCUGCGGUGCGUGCGCGUCAGGGUGCCCGGCUGCGAUUGGUCCGGAGAGGUGUGUCCUUCCGCCAACCGAUUGGAGGAGAGCGUUGUGGUGGAGGUUCCUCGUCCGAACGGAUCCCCCAUCCACAUCUGGUGUUCCGUGCUGGCCUCCCAGCCCAGCGCGGUGGUCGAGCAACGUGUGAUGGUGUUCAGCCCCCUGUUCAUGAUGUGCAGCCACCUCCCAGAGCCACUCACCCUACACGUGGAGAAGAGGAGCCGGGGACAGAGGCAGAUGCAGUGCAUUGUGGGCCGGGGUCAGGAGGUCACGCUUCAGCACAUGGAGGCAGAGCUGACACAUCACCUCACCUUCCAGACGAGGGAUGACGGUGAGGUGUCUGAAGCUGCGGUGCCCAUCUCCACGGCGCUUGUCCUGCAGAUCAUGGACAAGGCAGACUCGGAGCCCCUGGACAUGUCCCCGUUACUCGCCGCCACGACCCUCGACAAACCUGACAACCCAUGGCCGUACAUCGGCCCCAGUCAUGAACGGGCGGCGUGGGAGGCCUCGUGCCAGUGGGAGAGCCCCAUGCAGGUGAAGCUGUCGGCCUGGAAGCCCGGCCUCAAGACCCUCUUCAUCGAGCUGCGGCCCUGGGCCCUGUUGCUCAACCGCUCCUCCUGGGACCUGUGGCUCUUCGAGGGAGAGCGCGUCAGCGUGCAGGCACCGCCGGCAAAACCAUCGUUCCCUCCCAACUUCACGGAGCCCUUUCAGCUGGGAAUCUACUACUCGCGCUCCAACACGGUGCACAAGUCGGCCGCCGUGCGCCUGGCACGCGAGGUCACGUCGCCCAAGUGGGCCAAGGUCGGCGCCGCCGCCUUUGAGGUGGUAGUGGAGCUGCCGGAGGAGGGGCUGGCGCACGUGGAUGUGCGUCUGGGCUCCGUGCCGGGCGCCGGGAAGCUGUGUCAGUUCUGCAUCACGUCGAUGCUGCGCCGAGGAAUUCAAGUCCUGCUCGUCGAGGACCGCACUACCCUCAUCAACAAAACGCCGUUCAGCAUCGCCUGCCUGCCCGUGGCUGUUAGCGACAAGGCCUACAGCACCCUGGACCGCGUCUCCACAACAGAGGCAGCCGCGUUUACGAUCGGCCCGGCCCGCGAUGGUUCCUCCCGGUCCAGCCACCCCAUUGCAUGCUGGGAGCUCGCCGGAGCCGACGGAUCUGCUAGCGACGGCGCGGCCGCCCUCCUCAAGAACCUCCGCCUCUCCGUGGCCAAGGAGGGGGGCGAGCGUUCGCACGGCGGCUGGAGUUUGCCGGCGCUCGUCCGGGUCGACCUUCCCCGGCAGAGCGUCGCCCUGCCCACGGACGACUACGCCGAGAGCCACGUGUGCACGAGACCCGUGGUGCUCACCUGUCAAGAGGCCCAGGGAGUCACGUAUCUAUUCCUGCUCGAGGACCCGUGCCCUCGCAUGCUGAUCCACAACCUUUGUCCCGUGCCCAUCACCUUGAAGGAGAUCCCUGCAGUGGAGCCGCGCUUCCCGGCGCCACCGCCCGUGAUCCCUGCCGAGUGCUGGGCACACCACGAGCUGCAGCAGCAGAGGGCGGCCUUCCCCGACUGCCAGGCGAGAGGGCCUCUGCCGGCCGUGGGGCUGGCGCUGGUCCCGGCCGCCGAGUGGAGCGACGAGGUGGAUCUCAACAGCGCCGGCACGCAGGUGGUGUUCCUGCCAGGCUUCGGCUGCGUCUACGUCAACAUCUCGCACCACCGGAGCUCCCUCUCCGUGAGCAUCGCUCCCGAGAGCAGGGCGGGGCCCGUGCUCACCUCCCUGCGCAGGGAGACGCGCCACAACAGCCUGGACCUGCAGGUGUCCUUCGCCCAGGUGAGCGCCGUCCUCGCCGACGACGUCACCAACCCCGCGUCGUCCAGCGAGCUGCUCCGCCUCACGGCCGACGAUGUCGUGCUGAGCCUCUCCCCGUCGAGGGCGACCCCCCCCCCUCGCGAGGGAGGGGGGUCGCCCUCUGCGGCGGGCCCCGGCGCCCCGCGUCCCGACCCCGCGGCGUCCGCCGGCUCGCUCGCGGACGACGGCGGCGGCGACGGCUGCGCCCUGGAGGUCAUCGUCGGAGACCUGCAGCUUGACAAUCAGCUCUUCGAGAGGACGAGCUUCCACUUCCCCGUGCUGCUGUGCCGGGUGGACCCCGGGCCCGAGGACGCGGGCCCGGGCCCCCGCGGCCACGCGGGCGUGCCGGAGCGUGCCCUCGGAGGGGCGGACGUCGACGGGCGCCGCGAGGGCGCCGCCUUCCGAGCCCUCGUCGUGUUCGACGAGGCCCCGGACUUCGGCUUCCACCCGACGGAGGUGGAGCUCGAGUUCGAGCCCAUGCGGCUCUACCUGGAGGACACCUUGGUCUACUACGUGAAGACGCUGCUGGCCACGUUCGCGCCCGACGGCCGAGCCCGCCGCUGGCCAGACGACCGGCCCGCGGGCGACGACGCGGCGCCGUGGGACGUGGCGCGGUCCUCGCUGGCGCUUCUGCGGCCCGUGCAGCUGCGCCGGCUGGCGGUGCGGCCGCUGCGGCUGCUCGUGAGCGUGCACGCCUCGCUCAAGCUCUACAUCGCCUCGGACCACACGCCGCUCGCGUUCUCCGAGUUCGAGCGCGGGCCGCUGUUCACCACCCCGAGGCAGCUCGUGCACGCCCUGGCCAUGCACUACGCGGCGGGGGCUCUCUUCCGCGCCGGUUGGGUGGUGGGAUCCCUGGAGAUCCUGGGCAGCCCGGCCAGCCUGGUGCGCAGCGUCGGCAACGGCAUCGCGGACUUCUUCCGGCUGCCGUACGAAGGGCUCACGCGAGGCCCCGGGGCGUUCGUCAGCGGCGUGUCCAGAGGCACCACCUCCUUCGUGAAGCACAUUUCCAAAGGCACGCUGACGUCCAUCACCAACCUGGCCACGAGCCUCGCGCGGAACAUGGACCGCCUGUCGCUGGACGAGGAGCACUCGAGCCGCCAGGAGGAGUGGCGUCGGCAGCUGCCCGAGAGUCUGGGCGACGGCCUGAGGCAGGGCCUCUCGCGCCUCGGCCUGAGCCUGCUCGGUGCCAUUGCAGGAAUAGUCGACCAGCCAAUUCAGAAUUUCCAAAAGGCCUCCAUCGGCAGCAAGACCAAGGGCGUGAUCUCGGGCAUGGGCAAGGGGUUGGUUGGCGUCUUCACCAAGCCCAUCGCGGGAGCAGCGGAGCUCGUUUCACAGACUGGAUAUGGCAUUCUGCACGGGGCCGGCUUGAGGCAGUUCCCAAAGCAGCGCUUCUCACCGACGGACGAGGCAGCUGUCUUGGCGCCCAACAGCCACGCUAAAUACGUCUGGAAAAUGCUGCAAGCCCUGGGCCGCCCGGAGGCGCUCAUGGCUCUGGAGGUGGUGAUGAUCAGCGGAGCGGGCGUGGAGCACGAGGGCUGCCUCUUGCUCACGGCCGACGUGCUCUUCGUGGUGAGCCUCAGCGAGGACACGCAGCAGCAGGCUUUCCCCGUCACCGAGGUGUCGUGCCGCAUGUCGCUCGCCCAGGCGGGCCUGCUCGAGGUGCAGCUCAAGCAGCCGAGUGGCGGCGCCGGCGGCGGUGGCGGCGGCGGCGGCGACGACACGCCGGAGCAGCAGCAGCAGCAGCAAGCGGAGCUGUGCGGGCAGGAGAAGCUGUCGGAGCAGCAGUACGAGCGCUUGGUCGACUACGUGCGCCGCUCGUCGCAGUACCUGGCCCCGCUGGUGCCGCGGCACGAGCAGGCGCCCCCGGUCGCCCGCUCCGCGCCGCCCGCCGCCAACAUUAAAACCUACCAGUACCUGGUGCACCCCAGCUUCGGAGAGGUUUUCGUGGGAAGGUUCACACAGGCCAAGAACAGGGCGCUGCACAAAGGCUUUUCGUAAAGGCGAUUGGAGGCUGGCGCGAUGAUAACCGUCGGUCGAUCAAGAAGUGACUCGAUCGACGGACGGUUAUAGCUGACUAUUUUGUGGUCGUUUGACCGGCCCCCCCGUUUCAAUACGGUGGCCGCUGCCACCGCUGGGAAUAUGCCCCCCCCGCCGCCCCCCUACGAGCCGCGGCGAACGUGACGCAGCCAAUGACGGCAUUGCGUCACCAAACGCAGCCCAUCACCUCUGUCCGGGAGCACGCGUGGAAACUGAGGUGAGACUAUUUUCGUUCGUGAACUCCAAUCUGUCGAGCAAAUCGGACCAAUGAUCGGCACGGUAUUCGAUUGCUUACAUCAUCGGAGAGCUCAGAUGAUUGUGACGAAAUAUGCCAUAAUAUUUAAUCUCCCCUACGCAUCCUCCAACAAUAGGAUGGGGAGAGUGGCAGGUUGUGCUGAACGUGUUGUAGAUGGGGAGAGGACAGUACAGAGCCUUGGGAGGGUUUUCUCCAAGUUGUUUACGAUGAAUACGAGCAGAACAGAUACAUUGUCAUCUUUGUAUUUAUUCACGAAUAUCUCCGACAUGCACAAUUGUCGUUUAGAAUGUUGCCUUAUUUAAAUUCUCGUGUCAGUUUUAUUGAGUAAAUGAUGCAAGUGAUUUCGUGUGAUUUAGAUACAGUGAAGCAAUUUGUGUAUUUUUUUUAUGAAGAACAAUUCUAAGAGGAAAUGAGCACAAGUGCCAGUAUUGCGGUAGACACUUCAAUAUGUUACAUUUAGCACCCAAUUACAAAAUGCUAAGAUCAAAACAACGCAUGUUUGUGUUGAUUGUAACCAGGUAAGAAAUCAUUAGGAUGAAAAUCAAAACUUUGACUUGUAUCUGGAGCAUUUUCUAAACACACACUCAACACAAAAACGUGAACUUAUCUGUAGAAAAAGGAAUUCCCAUUUCCACGUGAGGCAUUUAUAGUUAGUCAAAAGUAUGCUGCUCAUGCUUUUCUUAACAAGUGGCCACGUGUCUAUGAUAUGAGAUGUAAACAACGCCGUGUACGCAUGGGUAGAUGCCGAGUGCCAGUGUGACAUUAGUGGAGGCCUGAGGCCUGUGUGUUCAUGGUAGCACAUUCCAUUGAAGCUGCACGUCUCCAAACAGACACACGUGCUGGCAUGCCAACUGUAAAUAAAUAAUAGCUGUUUUGUUUUUCAAAUAUAAUUACAUAUUGUGUAUACUACAUAUACAGAUGGUUUAAAUAUCGGUGAUCAGUUUUACAAGUUUACAGAUGAAAUGAAAAUAAAAUGCGUCGCUAAUCGUCGGGGGUGUAAGAAUUCAUCCAUUCACAUCAAUUUAUAAGCUCGCGAUACACGCAUCAGAGCAAUGUUCGUAUGUUGAUAUGUUGUAUGGGACCACAGCAGCCACUAAGUGGCCACUACAUUUACCCCGAUGUACAAAUAAACAUAUUUGUGAUCGCAACCAGGACUCGUGACAACUCAUCGAAACGCCAAGGGGGUUGGAUUGUUCCCGAAGUUAUUCUGCCCCAAUCUACCGGCAGGCAGGUCUUUGGUUUCUGACUCCCCUUCAUUCUGUCCGAUUUUGGGUUUGUAUGCACCCCCCCCCCCCUGCCCAGACUGCCUGGGAAUUUCAGAAUGUUUACUGAUAUCUGGUUGUAUUUUUUUUUGUUGAACUUGAUUGUAAUACACUGCACAGUUUGUUUGACGAGAGACCUCGGCCGACUGAGUGACGUGUUCGGGGUUGGUCUCCAGUGGGAAAGGUGGAAUGAUAUUUCUUUGUGGCUAAUGAUUAACUGUUCCACCUCUAAUACGCACGUGUUUUAUGGCAUGCUUACGAAAUUAAAGUUAUAAGUUGAACUCUGAGUACACUAACUCGAAUUAUAAAGAAACAUAUUGGCCCCAAAUACAUAUACAUUGUGUGCAUGUGUUUUAUAAUUGUGCGUAAAUACUAAUCAGAGGCACUAACAGUGGGGGCUGACUUGCCAGUCGAUGACGUGAUAUACACAUAUGCAUACAGGUUAAACCCACGUUUAUUCUUUUAAUAAACAUAAGCAAAUGUUUACAAUUCAUUACUGCUGUGUGUCGAUACAUUGGCGAGAAACAAAAAAAUAUGUUUUGGAAAAGCACAGUAAAAUAAUUAGUUGCCGAGUUGAUCAUAUUCCCUUUGAUUGACCAAUGAGUGGCCAAGAUGCAUAUACAGGUAGUGGAUGGAUAAAUAUUGUCUGUGGGCCGUUUAGAAGUGAGAAGCCGCUGCUUUUGGAAACCUCAUAAGAUGGGCCCAUGCAUGAAUAUAAAUAACACAAUAAUGGUGAAUGUCUACGUUUCUGAUCCAUUUUACAGCAGGAACUAAGCACAGAUUACACACAUUUUGCUUCAAGUAUAUCGUUAUCUUGCCUUCCAUUAACAAGUUGAGGUUUCUAAAACGCACUUCAACUUGUAGUUCAUAUUUGUAUCCCGCUCCACCUUUAAUAACUCUCCUUCGUAUACAUUCUCGGAUGUGUCGGUGUGACACAAAUGUAUCGGGCAAAAACACCGAAUACGUGUAAAUUAAUGUCCUGGUUCCAUCGAUGCGACACGAGAACCCGUGACGACACAAUCGGGCACGUGGCGGGCCGAACGCGCGCACGUGACCUCCACGUCACUGGGAAGCUACGCUGAGUGGGCCCUGCAAGUCACAAGAACACGCGACGCAACGCUCC